AUGGGCUGCGGAUUCGUCAAGCAGGGCGACGAGGUGGAGGUUAUCCCUCAUGGCAACAACGCGCAGCAGCGGCCGGGAAAGUUUUGGACACAAAGAAAAGCCGACGAACUUCAGGCUGCUGUCGACAAAGUCUUCAACCCGUCCGGUGAAUCACUUCUCGGGAUGACAUUCUCCUUCACAAUUGCGGACCCGCGAAUCAGCGGCUGUCCGCUGAUCGGAUGCUCUUCGGGCUUCGGAACACUGUGUGGCUACACCAUGGAUGAGAUUGUGGGAAGGAACUGCCGCUUUCUCGUGGAUCCAGUACCAAGAGACCAGAUCGAUUGGAAGAUGCGCAGACACGCCAAGGACUUCUGCGAAGCCAUCCGGGACGGAAAGCAAUUCAGGAUACCGGACCGAGAGCGAGAGGAUUGGAUGCCACGGGGGCGCCCCACGGACGAGCUGUUCUGCUUCCAGCGCAAUGCACGCAAGGACAGCCUGUUCUGCUUUUUCUCUUUGAUUUGUGUUUGUGUUAGGUUUAGGAUGUCGCAGUUGCUUCACAUACGGUUUAGAGCGUUGGCGGGGUGUUUUUCGAUGGUUGGAUCGUAUGGGUUUGGCGGCUGGGAUUCAGGACAUCGGAACUAUACGCAAUCACAGUCCCUGGACAGGCAACACACCGGACUCCAGCAUGCCUACUCUCGUCCCUGGGGCUUUCGGUUACUGGUUUGA